UUUGCUUUCUGUCCUGUCGUCGCAGGAGCUUCUCUUACAUUUCAAACAUAUUACGUCUCGGUCUUGAACCGCUAUCCUUACGUCAGUGCGGCGCAUUUUGUGGAAGCUUCGUUGUCCUCUGGGCGCAGUCGCUUUUAUUUAUUUAUUUCGCUUUUAUUACUGGUCUUUUCUGGUCUCGGCGGCUUUCCGUAUGGAGCUCCGUUGCCGUGGUUACGGCGUUCGAAAGCGCCGUAACCACGGCAGUUCGCAAACGGCUAAUUUCAGCGCGACGAAGUUGGUGCAAAACGCAAAGGAGUGGGGAGGAAAAAUGGCCUCCUGCCUGGUUCCCGAGUUCCCCGCCGUCGUGGCGGCUCUGGAGCGUCUGAAGGACCUGGAGAGGGAACUCGGAGAGCAGGAACUCCCGUUCUCAGACGAGGGAUGCGUCCACCUCACGGCCAUCGCAGAAGCUGUAGCCGAGUUAGAGGCCGCGAGGCGAGCUGUCCGCGAGGAACUGGAAGUGGAGACGAUAGAAAACUCCAAGCUGAAAUUCAAUAUAAUACAGAUGACUGAACGCUUGAAGGACGACAUCCUGAGAGACAAGGCAGCGGCCCGGGCUGCUAACAUCGCGGAAAUCGAGCAGCUCCGCAAAGGACUCAGUCUGUCCUCUCAGAUCCGAGAGGAGAACGGGGAGAAGUGGCAGGAGCUGUUUGCAAAACGCAAAGCGCUUCAGGCAGAGAGCGAUCGGGUGAGGGCUGAACACGAGGAGGUGAUCGUCUCUCUGAACGUUCAGGUCAGCGUCAGGUACAGCAGGCAGCAGCAUCUGGACGAGACGCUGGAGCGAACCGAGAAGUUGAGAAACGCCAUCGCUGAGGUCGAGAGGCAGAAGUUGGCCUUCCAGCAAAGCGUGGCUGUGGAAAUGGAGACUUUCUCCGAGAAAGAAGAGAAGUUGGACAAAAUAAUGUGCAAGAGGAGGGAACAGAUUAAGCAGGAGAAGGAGAUGGUUGACAAGAUUGAACCGGAACUGGAGGAGCUUAAACAGAAGAAAAAGGCGACCAAAAGCAAAAUAAAAAAGCUGGUCCAGGAGACGACCGAGCUGCAGGGCAAUGUGGAAAGUUUGAAGACGUCCCUCUCUAGUUGUGAGCAGCAACUGCAGGAAGAAAGGCUGCAAUACAAAGAGCUGAACCGACAGAUAGAGAAGCAGAACAAGCGCAGCAAAAUACUAGUGGAGGGCUUCAAGCCCGUAAUCAAAAAUCUGCAAGAGGAAAUCAGCGGCGUGGAUGAUGAACUGGAGAAGGCUCUGGCUGAGCAGCUGCUCCUCAAAGAUUCGCUGGCCUACUUUUCUAAUGUGUGCAAAAAUAAGCUUGGAGUGGAGCACGAGGUCCGGGCCGACUACCAGCAGAUCUCCACGGAGCUGGAGCGCUCCCGGCUGCAGCUGGAGGAGCGCAUCGGCUCCUUAGUCAAGUACAGCAAUGAUAUAGUGGAGCUUGAGAGGAUUAUCCACGAGCUCGAGGAGGACCAGCUGAUCAACAGGCGGAUUGCUGAGUCCAAAAAGAAAGAGUUGAUCGCCGAUCUGAAGGAGGCGAAUUCCAAAAUCGAGCUGUUAGAAAUGGAACUCAAGGGGCUCAGAAAGAUCAUGUCGGCCGAGAAGACCAAGCAGCAGAGUUACGAGAAGAAAAUGACGUACGCAAUACGGAGCGUCAGGGGGAGGUAUGAGGCGCUGUUGCAGGAGCAGGCUGCGCUGCUUGAGCGGUGCCCUGACAGCGGAGAUUUUGACUUGAUGCUCUCUCAGAUGGCUCAACUGGAGAAGGAGAACAGAGAGACGCAGAGCCUCCACCAGCAAGAGGUGGAUCGGAUCAUCGCGGAGACGGAGGAGAUCAAUAGGAGGAUCAGGGAGAAGCAGAGGGAGCUGGAGGAGCGAAUGAAGAUGCUGAAGGAGGUGGAGAAUAAGUGGAGAGAAGAGAAAUUGAGGAACGACAAUCUGCGCAAGCAGAAAGAAGCGCUGCUUUUCAGGAAGUCUGAGCUGGAGCGAGCCAUCCGGGACACAGCGGAGCACACCAGAGAGCUGCUGGCCCCCAGAGAGAAGAUAAAGGCCGAGCUGGAGAAGCUGCGGGAGUAUCACAGCAAGACGGUGGUCAAACAGAGCUCAGACCUGAGAGAAAUGGAGGUGAACAUGUAUGGGCUGAAUCUGAUGCUGGGGCAGCUCAAAGCAGAGAACAGGAGGCUGCACCUCGCCACCAUACAGAUGACGGAGGACAUCAACACCAGCAGGCAAGAGAAGGAGAGGUACCAGAAGGAGGACCAGGAGUUCAGCAGCAGAACAGAGGCGCUCCUCAAAGAGAUACAGGAAGGAUUUAGACAAGAUAACUAUUUGAUUAAAGGCAUCAAGGGGAAUGACGACGAACUGCUGUCGUUUAUGGGUUCAGGGUUGGAAGAGCUGAAGACCAGGAACCUGCAGCUGAUGAGCAUCAUCACGCUGAUGCACCAAGUGAUGCUGGAGUUUAGCAAACGACUGGGAGAUAAAGCAAUAGAGCGAUGGCAGAACGAGCAGACUGUGCACUAAACAUCUUCAUGCAUCACAAGACAAACCUGCCUGCACUAUCGGUAUAGGAGCCGAUCAAUAAACGAGAAUAAAAACAAUAAUAAAAAGA